CGAUCUGGUCCGCCAUUUAUUUAUUCCUUUCAGUCGAUCCACACCAUGCUUCCUCUAUUUCUCGUCGGCAGUGUGGUAUUGUCGUUUGUGAUAUUGGCCACCAUGCCCAACAACAACAACAACAGCAUCACUUCCCCAUUCCAAGUGCCUCAAAUGAAUGGUCCUCCGAAAUGGCUGUCGAAAGAAAAGUACAUUUUUCUGUUUGUGUUGCUAUUUGUCUUUUUGGAUCAUUUUUAUUUGCGACAGGAAAUGAUGUUUUUUGGAACGGCGGCCAAGGGGAUGCUAGAGAAUCAACAGGAAACUUCUGCCAAUCAUACUACUAGUACUAUUAGUAGUAGUAGUAUUCAUACCAUUCCUACAGAAGAACGAAUGAUGGAGCAAUCGUCACCAGCAGAACAAGAACAACAAGGUGUGAGUGUUACAGCCGAUGACGGUGAGCAACAGCAACAACCACAACCACAAGAAGAAGAACUCCAGAAACAAGCGGCAGCUGCCAAGGAACGAGAAGAGCAACAAAAAGCCAAGAAAUUGCGUCAGAAAAAAGAAAAGAAGGAACGUGCCAAGGCGGUUGAACAAGCACGCAUCAAGGAAGAGGCAGAAGCACUGCGCAAAAAACAAGAGGAAGAAGCAGCGGCGCUUCAGAGACAACAGGAAGAAGAAGCUGCCCGUCAGAAACAACUAGAAGAACAAGCGGCACUCCAGAAACAACAAGAAGAAGAAGCCAAAGAAAAGGCCGAAAAAUUGCGACGAAAACAGGAAAAGAAAGAACGAGCCAAACAACAACAACAAGCUGAAUUGGAACAACAAGCAGAAUUAAAGAAAAAGCAGCAAGAAGAAGAAGAAGCACUCCAAAAACAGCAACAAGAAGAGGAGGAAGCCGCCAAGCUGAAGAAACAGGAAACACCGCGACAAAAGCAACAACGAGAAAAACGAGAACGGAAAGCCAGAAAACAGCAAUCUCCAGCAACAGCCACUGUCGAAGUACCCAAAACUACUACUACACUACCACCCCUGCAUCCACCCCUCGCGGGCAAUUACAAGGCAUCCAAUGGUACUUUUGAUUAUAUCGAUCUCGAACGCAAAUUCUACCAACGCCACUACGAUAUGCUGCACAACACGAAUCGCAAAGAUUACAUGGUCUGGGAUGCCCGGGCUAGCUUUGAAUCUUUUUUCAAUCUCGUCAAUGCCUACAAAAUCACCAAACGCGAUUUGGAAUAUCACAUUGAGCAAAAACAAGUGGGCGACACAAGUAAAGGUCCACUACAAGGCAAUCACAAUGACAAUCGCAUCGUCUUUUUCCCCAAACACAUGGACAGUCUCUGUCAAGCCACACUCAUUUUCAAUCAAUAUCGAGAUGCUACUGCUAACAACAGUAAACCGUGGCCCCAUGUCCUCUUGUUUGGAUUGCACGAAGAUCACGGUGGACUGUCGUCCAAAAUACCCGGUGAGACGACCGGAUUUGGUCGUGACAAGCACUGGCGGAAAAUGGGAUGUACCGUACCCGAAAUUCGACGCUAUCUCAAUCACAACGAUACACUGGCGGCCAUUACCAGUCAAUGGCACUACAACUUUGACAAUCACAAGACUCAUUCCAUUGCAUUAGGAAUGCGGUUUCAAACCCAAGCAGAAGCCGCCUAUAAAAUCACGCAACAGCAACAAGCACCCGUGGAAAAACAACCCAAUGCGACCCGUCCGCGACCGCUCAUGCUCAAUUUCAAUGUCCGCGCGGGACUCCGACAAGAAGCCAUGGCGGCCGUCGAACGCAACUUUCGUGGGAGUGGGAUUAGUACCAAACAAACGUGGGGAGGAAGUCCCAAGCGGGCCAUGGAAAACUAUUUUGAACAGUUGGCUUCUUCCAGGUUUAUACUGAGUCCAGGAGGCGCCGGAUUCGAUUGUUAUCGGAAUUGGGAAGCUCUGUUCAUGGGGACAAUUCCCAUUUUGGAAAUGGCUGGACGGACUCACGAUGGAUGGUUGCGAUCCUUUACCGAUCUGCCCGUUCUAGUGUUGAAUCGAUAUCACGAAUUGACACCGCAAGUGCUAGAGGAAAAGUAUAGACAAGUACUACAGCAUUGGGACAGCUACAAUUGGGAAAAGUUGACCAAGCAUUGGUGGCCAUUGUGGGUGUACAGAUUCUUGGAAGACAACAAUUUGCCAGUCUUUGAGAAACCAAAAGAACUAUUGAAGUAUCAAUAAUCAUCAAUCAUAACUUGGUUAGACUUGCCAGCAGGGAAAGGAUCGAGCAAGGCAUAGCAAGAGACAACGUCAGAGGGCGUGUGAUCAAACCAAUGCAAAUGUUUAUAACGUUUUUCUGUUUGUGUAUCCCUCAGCCAUGCGUCUCGAGUAUUAUUUGCUGUAGCCUGCUGAUCCCGUUCUCCAUCCAUGCGUGGGUGCACGGAGUUUGGCAUCGAGUUGACCCAGCCGUGCCGCCAAGGCAGUCGACAGCCCCAAAGUGAAGGAUCUUCCCUCACCGUGCAUGAUCAUGAGUAACCACAGCAGAUCCCAGUCUUCGUCUCCAGGCGACUACUUACUUGAAUGGGGAACACGUCAACCAACCAUUCCGGCAUCAGAACCAAGGCGCUCACAAGUGAUUGGUUUGAUUGGAUUCGUACAAUCCAAUUCGCUCGUCAAAGCCCUCCAUGGCUGGCUGUUUCCGCUCUCACUUUGGUAUCAUUCUGCUGGGGUGUGGAAAUGAGUAAACAUCGCUUUUGUCUCUAUUAGAUCUCUCAGGUCGAAAGGAGCUGACGGCAAUCUCAAGCAAAGUAAAACCACGUAGCCCACGGCGCCGCCAACACGAACAGCCAAAGCACCAUGGGGGCGUGGGCUCUGGUGUUGGGCCAGGAGUUGGUGGUGGUGUAGGAGGAGGGGUUGGCUCUGGUGUUGAGUUGGAUGAUGAUGAGACAAUCACAACGACCAAAUCAAGACGACACCAAAUAGGUGGUGUUAUAGGUGGAUUUGUGGGAUGAUUUGUUGGUUGGGCUGUGGGAUGAUUGGUUGGUGGAGCCGCAGGAAGUGUAGUAGGAUGAUUCGUCUUGAGCCCAACCAGCCCAAGAGACCAAGAAGAAGACUGGAACCAUGGCUUUGGUACGUCAAGAGAGAGAAGAAGUGCAAGACUUAAGCUACCUACGAGUGAACUUUCGAGCUGGACGCCACAACCAGCCAACCAGACCAAGGGCCACGGCACGGAGAGAAGGAACCAGCCAACCGACCAAGGGUAGGGACAAGGCCAAGGGCCACAGAGCACCAAGGUAGCCAAUGGGUUUUUCUGUUCGUAUGGGUGCUUGCUGUAGUUGAGAGGCAGGGUGAAACAAAGUCCGGAAGGGGACCGUUGCAAUCAGGAGAGCACAGCGUUGACAUUGGUGGUGGUGUGGGGAGCUCUGGUUGGAGGGGGUGUUGGACCAGGGGGUGGUGGAGGUGUUGGUGGUGGAGUUGUACGUACCUGAACAAUUCGAGUUCGGACUGUUGCUGCUCUUGUACAAAGGCAACGGCUGACCGACUCUCGUGCUAUUCGAUUGCAGUCGUGUGAUUGCCGCUCUGGUAGAUGAAUGCUCGCUGCGUGGUGGUCUUCGAUUUCAGUUCCGAGGCAGCGCCUGGAACAAGAAGAGGUUAGACUUGAGCUGAGUACAAAAAGCAAUGAAGAUUGUUGGCAGAGGCUGGGUCCUUCAUGGAGUGAAGAGGUCUUGGGUUGCCACUUGGAGGAGGCGGCGCCGUGGUGGAAGACGCGUGCGUGCUGGCAACGGCUGGGAAAGUUGUUGGAGAAAGGAAGCUUUUUGGCAAAAGCAAGACGUAUCGACAUGUUUCGGCCGCCCAUGGUAAUUACCUUCGCACCCUUCAAACUCACCGCAACAGACUCAAGCAACUCAAGACACCAGCAACUCAACUUCUCAUUCACGUUCUUGUAGAGCUAGUAAUUCUUGGAUUUCCCUUUCUAUGAGGGCGCAGCUUGUAGGGAAUCGGUGUACUAGUAAACUAGAGCAGAUCAUAGAGAAGCAAAGGAAGGAAACCUGCAAAUAAUUCUAGUACCAUAGUUGGAAGAACACUAUAGGCCGGCGCUGGGAGGUUCAGCAUGGGGAGUGUGGAACAGGCAUGAAAGAAGAUUAUGAUGAGGGGAAGAGGAGGAUGAGAUGACGUACAAUCUAGCAAAGACAAUCCACUGCAAAAGAACGAUCUCCUACGAGACCACAGGGCAGGGUGUGGAUUGCUGGCAAAUGGCCAGCCACCCACUACUGAUCAUGGACUACAAAUAAUGGUGAGCUGCUCAUAAAAGACUGCAAGCAAAU